UAGUGCCACGCUGGCAGUCUUGCUAAAAGCAUGCAAAUAUCAUACAUCAUUUUGCACUAAAUAAUCGCCAUUAUAAAUUUUAUUAAAAUUGUGUCUAAUUAAUAAAAUCAACAAAUAAUUUUGUCAAUAAUUAUCAAAUAAAAUGCCACUCUCGGCCAAAGGUAAACUAACUCACGAAUAAAUUAAUAAAAAAAAAAAAAAAAGAGAAAGGCCCCCGGCUUUUACCCGAAACAUGACGAAGUAGUAACCCCCCAAAAAAAAAACCGGUUUAUUGUCAUAUCAUUAUUGGGGUGGGGCAAACAGAUACGACACACAAGCAUCAGUUACUCACAAAAUAAAUUCAGUGGCUUCAUCACAUUUUUUUUUUAGUGACGCAUGGUAUUAAGUGUUAUUUUUUUAAAUAAAAAAAAUAUAUUUUUGUUCGUUUUAAUUAUUGUUAAUAAUUGUUUGUAAAUUAAUUAAUUAUCUGUGAAUUUAAUGGAAAUAUUGUGUUAAUAAUAAUAAGCUUUGCUUAUUAUUUAAAUGAAUAAUAAUUUUAUAAAAAUAACAAACGAGAUAGCGUCAAACACACCAGACAUGAAUUAUUUUAUGGACGAAAUACUUGCAACAUUGGAUAAGGAUCCAAAGGAUGGAAUAAUGAAUGAUAAUUUUGUUAAUGAUUAUUGUGAUGAAUGGACACCGGGUGAUGAUUUACUUCAGUUAGAUUUAAAUACAAUAAAUGGUUUAAAUCCAAUAAAUGAAUUAGACACAAUAAAUGAUCUAAAUGACAUGGAUCUAACGAGUAAUUUAAAUUUUGAUAAUGACCUGGCAUCACCACCGUCAUCAGACAGUGGUUUAUCAAGUGCAUUAAGUUUAACUGGUGAAGAACAUAUGAGUCCAUUAUUGACAUUUGAUGAUGAUGCUAAUGAAUUGAAUGAUAAAAAAUUUAAUCCAGAUGAUUUAAUAAGAUACGAACCAUUUUAUCCAUCAAAUGAAUCAUUUGAUAGUAAUGAUAGUCCAAUAAGAUCAGUCAUGAGUUCAAGUAUGGGCUCACCGGAAACUGGUGAUGUCAUUGAAGACAUGGAUUUUGAGCCAAAUAUGGUGACAAUACCUGAACAAACGGAUAUUGAAUCAUCAAUGGAUAUUCCAUAUGCAUCUAUUAAACAAGAAAUUGUUUCUUCCAUUGAUAUUGAUACAACACCAGUACAGCAACAACAAAAACCAGUUGUUUGUGUUCAAAAUAUACAAAAAACAAUAACAGCACCAGCACCAGCAGCAUCACCACUAAAAAAAAUAUCAUCAGUAGCAGUAACAGCAACACCAGUAGCACCAAUAGCAAAAAUAUCCACAGCACCAGCAACAGGAAGAGUAACAACAGCAUCAACAACAAAAACAACAACACCACUAACAUGUAAUGGCAAACAAAUUCAAAAAUUAAUACGUGUUUCUGGAUCACUUGUAUCUGGAAAUUCAAGAUCAUUAUUAAUCACCAACUUGAAAGACAUUAAACAUCUUCCUGGACAUAUUAAAAUAAUAAGUCCAGCUAGUGCUAAAAAUUAUAAAAAUUUUAAAAUAAAUCAAGGCAAUUUCAUCAACAAAGCAACACAUAUAACAAUUAAACAAGAGGAUACAUCAAGUGAAAAAAGUAGUCAAUCAAGUGAUGAUAUAUCUGAAACAGAAACUCAAUAUCCACGUUUAAAAUUAAAUAAUGAAGAAAAACGUUUAUUAGAAAAAGAAAAUAUAACAUUACCAUCACAUUAUCCAUUAACAAAAACAGAAGAACGUGAAUUAAAAAGAAUACGUCGUAAAAUACGUAAUAAAAUAUCAGCUCAAGAUUCACGUAAAAGAAAAAAGGAAUAUGUCGAUGGACUUGAAGACCGUGUGAAGCAAUGUACUGAAGAAAAGAUAGCAUUAUUAAAACAAAUUAAAGCAUUACAAACCGAAAAUCAAAGUCAUCAAACACUAAAUCGAAGUUUAGUUGGACAAUUAAAAAGAUUACAGGCAUUAAUACAAAAAGGUAAUAAAAGUGCUCAACCAGCAACAUGUUUGAUGGUGCUCUUGUUGUCAUUGGCAUUAGUGGCUACUCCAAAUCUCAGUCAUCGUUCAAAUACAUCAACAAAUGAAUUGACAAUUGAUCAAGAACAACCAGAAAAUAUUCCAGUUAAUGGUCGUUCAAGAAGUUUGUUAUUUUCAAAACAACUACUUGAUGAAGAUUUUCAUCAGUAUGGUGAAGAAUUACUUCAAGAAUUUGAGGGUUUAUUGGAUCAUGAUUACAACAGUCCAAUUGCUCAAAUGCCAGCCUGCAAACGGCCACGUUAUGAUAAUGAUAAAUGUAAUAAAUAUUCAGCUUCAAUGGAUCAUGUUGGUGGUACGCUAAAUAAACAAUUAGAUACGCAAAAUGUCAAGCUAAGCAGAAAGUAUAUUGAGCCACCAUUAGAUGAUGUUUGGCCCCCACCAAAACAAAAUAUUGCAAAACCAGCGAAAAUUGUGGAUAAACUUGAAGCACUGACGAAUGAAUUAAAAAUAAACAUUUCUGAUGCUGAUGGUACCAGAACUGUCCUCGUUAAAGUGCCUCAAGAACAGUAGAAAAAAAAUCAAGUAAAUUGAUAUUUUCAUUUACUAAAAAGAAACAUACUUUUGUUAGCAUUCGUAUUUUUUUUUUAUACACUUGGAGUGUAAUUCUAUUUGUUGCUUCCAAUUCUUCAUGAUGAUAUAAAGAGAAAAAAGAUAGCAAAUUAAAUUAGCUACAUAAUUCAAUCAACGAAAUCAAUUGAUUAUUAAUUAAUCAUAAAAUAGUUAAACAUUUAUUUACAAGAUAUUAAUUAUGCCUCAUGCAAAUAACAAUUGGUUGUUUUUUUUUUUUUUUCUUUUUUUAAUGACCCUUUAUGGUAGAAAAAAAUAAUUAAGUUAGACAUUAUUUGAAAGUAGAUAUUUACAAAAGAAAAGUAAAAUAAUUAUGAAAUAAUAUUUACAAAAAAAAAAAAGGAAAGAAUUAAUGAAUUUGGUGUAAAUGAAUUUUUUAUAAAUGAAAAAGUGAGAUAAUUAAAUUGUAAAUAUUUUUCAACGUCGAUAUAAUGUAAUAUUAAUUGAAAAUUUUGUUUUUCUUUUGAAAGAGUGAUAAUAAUAAGAAAAAAAAAAUAGUUUUAUUAAAUAUGUUGAUAUUUUCAAUGCAAUUUAUAUGAGAACAAUUAAUUAUAUAAGUCAAGAUCCAUAGAUAGUAAAUUUAUAUUAAAAAAAGAAAUGGUAGAAUGAUAGUUUAGCUGUAAUAAUGUUUAAGAUAUCAUGAUAAAAUCUUGAUAUAUUGAAUUUUAAUUUUGAACCUAGAAUCAUUGAAAUGUUAAUUUUUUUUUCUUUGAUUCAUCAUGUGACUUAUACCGGGAUUAUAUAAAUAAAAUAAAAAAAAUAUUUCGAGUGUGAAAAACUUGUUAUUAUAUAAUUUUUAUUAUUGUACACGUUGCUUUGUGUACACCAAGACUGUUGCUUAAGAAUAAAAGAAAAAAAUAACAAAAACAAGAAAAAAAUACAAAAAAAAAAUAAGUAUAACAAUAAUCACGUACUAAUAAUUAUUCAAUUUUGAAUAUAAUUCAUCUAUUGUUAAUUAUUUACAAAAAAAUAAUAGUAAAAUCAAAUUUUCGUAUUUGUAUUUUGUGUAUUUCGCUAUUGAAAAUCAUAGACUAAAUUUAAAUCUAGAAAAAAACAUUGCACAUUUUUUUUUUUUUUUUGUCGAUUGGGAAAAGUUGGGAAUAUUCUUAUAUGAUGAUAAUAAAGAAGCAUAAAGUUUUCGCUUGAUUAGAUAUUAAUAUAGCUAGAGAUAACAAAAAGAAAAAAAAAAUAUGGAAUUAUUGGCAGAAAAUUAAAAAUUAUAUACAUUUUGCAAUAAAUUUUCUUGCCUGAAAAGUAGGAAAAAAUAAAUAUCAUUAUUUGUUUUAAAUUUCAUAAUUAUUUACAAUUAUAUUUAUAUAUUUUUUUUUUCCUCAUAAUUCCGAGCUGAUGUUUGAUCAGCUUGCACACAUUCCUAUGAGUUUUAUCAUGUAUUUGAUUUUUUUUUUUUAAUCAAAUUAUAUUUUUGCACAUAGUUUAUCAAAAACAAAGGU